AUGGAGAUUGGCCCUGGUAGCUCCAUCAAGUGGGGUGUCUAUCGUGAGGGCGCCCGCUUCCAGCUACCGCGAUUCGAAUCGCUCAAGCGCGAAGGCCCUGCCUUGAUACAGGCUUAUCAAGACGUGCUCGACAAGGAUGAAACAUUUACUCAGUAUUUCUCCGAUGAGCGCCUUCAGAGCUAUGACCUGGAGUCAAAUUUGAGAACGCUCCUGGGUAUUCGUCCUCCGCUCGUGGACGAGCCCCAAGGAUCCAACAGUCAAAGCGAUGUAUCGCUCAGCUGGGUCAACAUCUUCCGGCACGGCAAGUUCGAGAAGAGAGACGAUGGCUUCUACCAGUGCCGAAUGCAGGGACGACUGGUUAAGAUUGAUGAGACAAUGCACAAGACUAUUCUAGUCAAUCGGUGCUUCCUCCCACCAAACUCGGACCCCUAUGUUAGCGCAGCGGACGUGGAGAAGGAGUCGGAAGUCAAUCUGUCAAUCGAGGCAGACGUGCUGAAUGAACUUCACAUUCAGAUUAAAUGUUUGUAUUUUCCUACACCCAUGACCCCCGAAUGGAAUGACAUACUAACGAAAGCAGAUGUUGAAAGACUCAAGCGACUGCAGCAAUCACUGAAGAAGCGUCGUCACAGGCUGCGGGGCGAUCAAGCACCAGCAUCUAUCAAAAGGUCAGGCACGCCUCAAAGCCUUCGAAGCAACUACCCUAGCCCGACCGAAUCUGGCCUGAGACUACCAGUCCUUUCUCGCGCUGGGAGUGAUACCCAGGCAGGAUCUCGUGUCUCUCUCUCAGUUGAGCCAUCAGUCGGCCUUACGAAGCCAGCCGCCUCGAUCGAGUCCCGGGAGGCACAGGAACGGAGCGCAUCCCCAUCCUCAUCGGAUGUGUCGACUGGGGAGGAUAUACCUUUUUCUCCAAACCCCAAUAGCUUAAAGAGGAAAAACAUGAGUUCGGACUAUGAGGAGACUGUUGACGUGGACUGGGAUACACAGCACCAGACGCCAGCGCCAUGCAAUGCAUCUACCCCGUUGGCCUCAGCUUCCAAGGGGAAGGAACCGCUGGCUCCCGAGGAGCGCAAUACAAUGAUUGAUGACAGCUAUGCAGUGACUGAGAGUCGCGGUACAACGGCUGAAGGUCGCGAUACAACGGUCGGAGACAGCGAUGCAGUGGUUGAAGACAGUGAUGCAAUGGAGGUCCGUCGACCCAGCGAGGUCCCCAAGCCAGUGGCACCAAUCCAACCCGUCAAGCAGCCCACGCUUAAACCUGAAACACCCCGCAAGAGCAAGCGAACCCUGAACUGGGCCGCAAGCUCUUUACGCCAAGAAUAUGAGAACGCAGGCCAGCCGACCGACCUCAUCUCAAGUCCAGCCCCAAGCUUUGAAGCCAUGCAAUUCGGCUCGGACAUAGCUGGACGGCAGGGGGGCAUCACACCAGUUCCCCCGCGCACAGGGACAGUAUCUAUGAAUGUCAAGCCGAAAAAAGCCAAGAGCCAUAAGAAAGGCGUCCGAGUCCGGAACAACUUUACUCAGGAAGAGUUUGACCAUGCGCCAGCCUGGUUGAGACCUCGAUUGGACGCCGGCAUGUCCCCAGCAAAACUCGAGCAAGAGUAUGAGGCAAAGUUUGGGGUUCUGCACCGCUACCAUACCUUGAAACUUUGGUUGGACCGACAGGAAGCAAAGGCCUCUCCCAUCAAGGCACCCAAAGCCCCACUGGCAAGCACGCUCACCAAGAUUGUGGUAUUAAAAAUUCCAAUCCCAUUGCAAUUGAGGGAAUCUUUCGAGUGA